CCGCCACUGCGAACCCGCUCAAAAACCCUACCUCAAGCGCUCAAACACUCCCAAGCUCUUGUCCUACUCAACUUUCCUGUCCGUCUCUCUUGAUUCCCAAACGUUUAGCUGUACAGAAGAAACCAAAGAAUAUACUUCUAUACUACAUUGAUUCAAAAUCCCUACUCCGUUUACCCUCCAACCCCAGAGGAUUUCUGCUCAGUUAAUCCAAACGCACCCAUUGGGUUUGAAAAUUUGGGUGCCGACUUCAACGGGAGGGACUAUUUGGUGAUGGUUUUGUAAAGGGGUUCUAUGGUUUCUGAGUUUAUGUGUGUCUGUGACUAGCUAUCAUUUUUGAUAUUUUCUUCAAAUAUGGAAAGAAAUUCUGCAGCUUGUGCCAUGGAAUGGAGUAUUGAGCUGGAGAAGGCUCUCCGUUCCAAGAAACCAGCAAUAGCACUCUGUAUUGAUGAGCAAUAAUACUUUCAAUUUCCGGUAUAUUCAGGUCAGGCUGUUGAAGCUAUUCUUCAGAUUGGCUCUCGACUUCAGCAAUGGAGUAGAGAGCCAGAACCCAAUGUAGCAGUAUAUAAUAUGUUUGACCUUGUUACUUGGGAGGAUAGGCUAUUUUCCAACACUAUUCUCCUACGGCUUGCUGAUGCCUUUAAGUUUGAUGACAAGUAUAUUAGACUUGCAGUUGUUAGGGUAUUCUUAUCUGAGCUUUAUAGCCGUGACAGUGCAAGAAGUAAACAAUACCAAGGGAUUCUUUCAAAGGCGAGGAUACAAAACCACCAUGAAUUACUUAGUCGAGUCAAGGUUGUUCUUAAUGGAGGAGAUCCUGAGGCUAGAGCUCUAGCUUUGAUUCUAUUAGGAUGUUGGGCACAUUUUGCAAAAGACAGUGCCCAGAUAAGAUAUCUGAUAUUUUCUAGUAUGUAUUCUUCUCAUCUUUCGGAGGUAAAAGCAUCUAUAUUUGCCGCAGCAUGCAUUAGUCAGUUAGCAGAUGACUUUGCACAAGUCUUCUUAGUGAUAUUGGUUAAUAUAAUGACUUCUACUACAUCCAUGGCCAUCCGAAUGGCUGGAGCACGAGUGUUUGCAAAAUUGGGAUGCUCACAUUCCAUCGCCAAAAUGGCUUACAAGGCUGGACUUGAGCUUGCCUCUGACUCUAGUGAAGAAGAUUUUUUGGUUGCAAUGUUAUUUUCACUAUCCAAACUGGCGUCCAAGUCAAUAUUUAUUAGUUCUGAGCAGGUGCAAUUGCUUUGCUCGAUUCUUAGCCACAAAAAGUCUGUGCGUGUUCAAGAAACAUCUUUGAGAUGUCUGUGUUUUAUUUUCAUGAAAGGAGCAUGCCAGUUUACUAAUAUGGAAUCUGUGGUCAGAAGUUUAGUUGAUGCACUAGAUGAACACAUGCUUCCAACUUCUUCACAUUGUGAUGCUCUCCGACUGUUGCGAAAGAUUCUUUUCUAUGUGCGGCCAAACCCCUCAUUUUUGGAUGCAAACGAAUACUCUAAACUGGUUAAAGCUGUUGAGAAUGCAGCCCGGUCUCCAGAGAAGUUAAAGUACCUCCUUGCUGUUCAUUUAUUGGUGGAUUUAUCAUUACAGCUUUCUGGAAAAAUGGAAGUAGAAUCAGGAGUUUGUUCAUUCUCUUUGUUGCCAUCACAGGUUAUUUCUCUAAUCAUGGAUCAAAUUGCAUCAUUAGGAAAGAUUUCAGUAGAUCUUACUCGGUCAAAUUCUGAAGUGUUUCAAGAAAUUAAAGGUUUGCUAAACCUUCUCCUGCUCAUUGUUAGUGAACAUUCAGAUCUGUGGAUAGUUCUUUUGGAGAAAAUAUGUUUAAUUGCUGAAUUACUUAUGAAUAUGCAUAAAGAUGUCUUUGAUAGUCAGCAAAGAGACGAGUACUUUGAAGGAGACAAGAAAAAUGGCAUCAGCUUCAGAUUUGCAUUCAUUUUAUAUGGAUUUGUGGCAAUCUCCAUAGGGCAUCUAGGUUCAGUUGUCUCUAUCACGUCCGAAAUAUUUGACAAGGUGAAACUAUUGGUCAACAAUGUAUGCAAAAGCUGUUUGUUCAGUAGCCAUACUUGCAUAAUCUAUUCCUUGCUAUUGAACUGUAAAUUCAUUUUGAGUUGUAGGAUACCUGAGGAUUUUAGGACUUGCAACAAUGAUGGGUUUCCAUGUUUCACUUUUUGUGAAGAUUUGACUGAAAAAGAGAUUUUUACACUUGAGUGUGCUAAGAAGUUGCUAAAAAAUGGGGAUGAAUGGCCCGCUUACAAGGCUGGGAGACAUGCAGCAUGUCAUGGAUCAUGGUUUGCUGCUACCUUGAUUUUUGGCCAUUUAAUUUCAAAGGUUCGGUCUGAUGUCUUCCAUUACUGGUUGAAAUCUUUGUUUCAGUUUGCUCUUGCGGAGAGAAAAAUCCAGUUACUACUGUUACCACAAUAUGGUUCUGGCUUGGCAAUCUGGUUAGAGAAGGAAAUGAUUCUAAACAUGUUUUCCAUUGAAGAACAAAUAAACCAACAUCAUGCUGGGAGUAUUUAUUCUGACAAACUUUUGGAGGCCUACCAGUGUCUUUGCUCUUCAGGUGAGGCCUUAAAAGCUUCUGCUGUUCCUCCGGUUCAAGCAUUUUGUUUCCAGAGAUGGUUUUUAUCGUUAAGGGCUAAGGUUUUAGGAACUGUGGGGAGCAUACUGAAGCUGUUGCCAAACAUUUCAUAUUGUAUUAGUACUGACUAUGGUAAGCUUGGGAUAAACGAUACCGCUGCCAUCCAUCAAACGGUGAACAAAUUUAGUAAAUUAUCUUUAACGUUAGAGAGGCUGUCCCAUGAAUUUGAUCUCAUUGGAACAACUUUUAUUGGAAUGGACACCAAGAGUUCGAACAUUAUUUCAGCGCUUGCACUGAAUUGCUCUCUGUUGGCCUUUUGUACUGGUUUUGCCUUUCAUGUUCCAAACUUGGCUACAACUCUAAUGACUGAAAAUGUGGAUGAUUUUAGAACUAAAUCACAUGCAAUUCUCAUUCAAAAUCUGAUUGGCAGGCUGUGGUUGGUAGAUGAUGAAACAAGUAGAAUGCUUGCACAGCUUUUCGAAAUCACUGGACCGAAUAACUGCUUGCAUUUGGUUUCAAGAGGCAAAAUAUUAGAUGUGGGGUACGAAGUAAGAGGUAUCUUGACUCUCUGUAGGUAUGCUGUUUCUGAGUUCAUCCGUUUGCAAAGCAAGUCAAACAGAGUGGAUGAGGGGACAUUUCUCCAGGUUAUCGAGGAUGGUGUGCAUUUUUUAUCAAAUAUUCUUACACAGUGGAUAAGCAUUCCAUUUCGAGUGCCCAAGUGCUUCUUUUGUGUAAGGCCUUGCAUUGGGUCUCAACUAUUUGCCACUACCAAUGCUCGUAAACUGGAUGAAAUAUCUAUCCCAUCCGGCUUCCAUCUAUCGUUGAAUCUUUGUCUUCAACUCAAAAACAUUGCCUCAAACAUGUCAGUUCAAAUCACCAAGAUGUACUGCAUUUUGUAUUGUGAUUUGUCCUUCCAGGAACUCAAGCACAAUGGUAAGAACAUGCAAAAACAUCAGGUAUAUGAAGCUUGGGAAAACGACGACAUUGUAGAAAUGCACAACAAACUGUUGCAUUACAUGACCGAGUCGAGCAAAAACGAGACCUACAUUGGCAAGUGCAGAACUUCGAAUGUUUGCAAAACAGAGAGGGUAGUCGAAGCGUUUGUGCAUUUCGAGCCAGAUGAGAAAGGGCAAGGAUUCUCAAAUUGCUUGCUUGAUGUAUCUUAUUUUCCUGUAGGUUGUUAUAGAAUCAAAUGGUAUAGCUGUUGUGUUGAUAAUAAGGGGUGUUUUUGGAACCUCCUCCCUUUGAAUUCUGGACCAUUGUUUACUAUCCAUCAACUUCCAUCAGCUGGAUGAUUUUUCAUUUGGCUUUCACUUUAUUUGAUUUAGUAGCCAUCAAAUAAUGAAGCUUACUGCUGCUGAAUUGUUUUAUGGAGAAAUAUGUGAUUUACAGUAGUUUCUUGAAUAAACAGGUCAUGGGAGGAGAUUUGUAUGUC